AUCGGUCAAGUAUACAUUCAAACAUGCUUUUACCAAAUCUUUCCACCUUCGUGCCUUAAUUUAAUAAGCAAAGAAAUCACUUCCCACUUUCAAGAACAUGCCUAAACCUUGCGCUGCGUCACACGAUCAAGCCCAGCAAGAUUAGUUGCGCGCGCGCAAAACAACGACGAGACAACCUCGAUGACGAUAUGUAAUUGCGCGUACUUUACAUCGUUAUAAUGUAGUCAUGUUCGCGCUCCGGCAAUGUCGUCGACGGCAGGUAGAUUUGGGCUCGAUAACCCCAUCGCGUCACACACGAGUCAACUACUUUUCCAGAAUCUGUCACCAACGCUAAUCUGCAUUUCAUAGUUCGUCGAGCAGUUGAGAGGAUCGUCCAAAAUGGCGCAAGUAUACGUAGGAACCUUUCGAGAGGUGCAAAUUCCGGUUCCGUUUGGGGUGAUUCGCGGCAAGUGGUACGGUCCUACGAACGUUCGGCCGAUUCUGUUCAUCCACGGAUACAAUGAUAAUAGUGGAUCGUAUGAUCGAUUGCUUCCGUUACUUCCAACUGCUGGAAGCUACCUUGCGAUUGAUUUGCCCGGUCACGGCCUGUCCUCGUGGAUGCCCAGCGGCACGGUGUACCACCUGACCGACGCGACGAUCUGCAUUCGUCGGAUCAUGAAGAUCUACGGCUGGUCCAAGGUAUCUCUAGUAGGUCACUCUCUCGGAGCCAUGAUGUGCUACAUCUUCAUCGGACUGUAUCCGGACAAGGUCGAUCUGUUUGUAGCACUGGAUGCGCUUCAACCGUCUUAUCCGGGCGAGUUCUACAAACAACUAGCGUUUCAUCUUGAACGUUCGAUCGAGUACGACGAUACCAAGGGGAAGAAACCAUCCGGAUUCACCUACGACAAGAUGCUGAGCAGGGUGCGUUACUCUGCUGGAACUACGAUUCCGAAAGAACUCUGUCAUCACUUGUUGGAAAGAAACAUCCGUGAAAGUAGCGUCCUUCCGGGAACCUUCCACUACACAUUCGACAGCCGGACCAAGUAUCUGGACAUCUCCGGGUGGUCUCGGGAAACGAAUUUGGAAACGGCGCGGGCGAACAAGUGUCCAGUGUUGGUGAUCAAGGCUACCGAAUCGUUCUAUUAUGGUGACGAGGAUGAGUUUAAACGACUUUUGGACGAGAUGGGCAAGAAUAAUCCACUGACUCGGUUGGAGGCGAUCGAUGGGAAUCAUUACGUGCAUCUGAUUGAGGCGGAGAGUGUGGCCAGUGUCAUUGGAAAGUUUCUGAUCGAUUGUAAGCGAUUUGAUGAAAUAGUGGUGGGUAAGUUAUAGGGGUUUGCUCAGUGUUGUUAAUUUAUAUCAAAAAAAUAUAUCUUACGUUAGAGCUUUAUUUUAUUCAAAAAGUAUUAAAAAAAA